AUGAUAAUUUAUCUAAUUUUGUUACAAUUAACAUAAGCAAAUUGGAAUGUUCCCAUCUAAUAUUCUUCAUUGUGCACUUGCAGUUAGUUAAGUUAACCAAAUCUAUGUAGCUCAAGUCAAUUUUGUUAACUUAAUUUGGAUUUUGAAUGCACAGACAUACUUAAUUAUAAUUGUUCUUACUUUAAUGAGUAGACUGUUCUAUAUUUGUGUUCAUAAUUGGAUAGAUGCGUUUUAAAAGAUGGGAAGUGUACAGAAUUGAAUAAUUGCACAGAACUUACUGGCUCAACAAAUUAAGAAUGCUUUUAAUAAUCUAAUAGAUGCGGAACAUCCUAAAACAAUAUUUGUCAAUUAACAGAAUGUAGCAGCUAUUUGAAUCAGAAUGAUUGCGACAAUUCUUUGUUUAACAUACGCUUUGAUAAUGUAGGAUAUGGGAGUGUUUGCUAUUGGAAUAAUCUUAAUUCAUAAUGUAAUAAUUUGCUAUGUGAAAAUGUAUCUGUCGAUUAAUGUUUAUAAUAUACGAAUUUAUGCUAAAUUGUAAAUAAUCUGUGCACAUGGGCUACUUGUUAGAAUUCAGAAGCUGAGAAUUGCAAUUUUGUAUGGGAAGGUUCUCAAAGAAGUUAUAUAUAACCAUGUGUUUUAAUAAAUGGAAUUUGUCAAAAUGCAAACAAUGCCUAAGAGUUGAACAACAUACAAGAUUGCACUUAAAAUACUUUAUAUACUUAUAUCUAUACAUCUGAAAAUAAUUGUUAGUAAUGCCAAUAUUCAAAACACCUUUAUAUGUAAAUAUUACUGUUCAUCAUAUUAUAUAAUUGA